GGACAGACUCCCAGCAUGCUCUGCAAAGGAUAUAUAGCUGCAAAGAAAUUGCAACCAAGGGCCUCAGUUCUGCAAACUGCUGUGUGGCAGCAAAUCUAGACAGUGCCUGGAGCCCCACUGACUUCCUUUAGGCAUCUGAAAGCCUAGCUAGCUCCCUAGAGCCUAACCCAGUGGGGCAUAUCUGCAGGGGACUCACCUGCCUGUUCUCUGGUGUCAUGGGAGAAAACUCCUCAGUGUCCGUUGUCUAGCUGGCUUAGAGACCAGACAACACGGGUGAAGGGUUAACUGCAGUUUAUUUACUCGAGUAAAGACCAUAAAACAGCAAAGAGGCAAAAUGGCCCCGACUUAAGGGUGGGGCUGUCUUUUAUACAUUUUCUAACAAAGAAAACUACAAGGUUAUUGAAUAUGCAAUACUUAUGGUAAUCAUCUCCUUACAUGGUGCAUUACAAAUCUCAGUACUUUUCCAGAAGAAAAAAGUUAGUGUUAUCUUACACAUUCCAAUCUGUUUUCCUGUACUCCGCUGUACCAUCUUCUUCCCUCUGGGCCCCCCUUAUCUUAUCUCACUCCUAGCUGCAGCUGGUACUCAGUACACAGACUUAAUUUCUGCUUUUUUCUAACAAAAUGGUUAAGGCACUUGACAUAAGAAAAUGGCUGGCUUAACUAUCAUUCUGUCUUGUGGUCAGCAACAUUGCUAGGCCACAAGUCAUGCCUUGUGUUUAGCUACAAAGCUAAUACUAUUUAAUAAUCUAAAUUAUUGUUAACCUAACAGUAUGCUAUAGAAAACUAUUUUAUUUCAGGGUAAAAACAAACUUGCCCAUCACACUGGGCUUGGUUUAGCAGGGGCGGGGUUUGCAGCAAACAAUAGGAUUUGCUUAUGAGUGGGAACUGGAAGCUGCUCUGUCAACUGGGCCGGGAUCUUUCCUGAUUGAAACAAAUGAGGAAUUCCUAGCACCUGUGCUGGCUGCUGGGCUCAGCAGGUCUUGACUGGGAGGGUUGUGGAGUAUAAGUAACUGGCACUGAUCACAGAGGUUGUCUAUCAGAAGAUAUAGAUCUAUAAUUUUUUCUGAGAAUAUAUGUUCCUGUAUUAGGACAGUGAGUCUGGCAUCAUGGGGCUGUGGAAAGAGUUACUGGUGGUACUUGCUUGGAGUUCAGUGUUUGCUGCUCAGAGAGGCAGAAGGAGUGUGUCCAAUUACUCUGUAUCCUAUGAGUGCAAUAAAACCAGCAUCCACCUGACCAUACACCUGAACCCCCAGGGAGCUGGCCUCAUGCUUGAUCCACAAUUCCUGCAUCUGGGCAGCUGCCCCUACUCUAUCAUCAACAUCCAACAGGGCCUUCUGCACUUUCAGUAUGACCUGAAGGACUGCAAUUUCUCACAGCUGACUUCUGGGAAUGUGCUUGAGCACUUCACCGACCUGGCCUAUAGGCCCCUCUCUGGGAGAGGCAGAUACUACGCCACCUCCUUCACUGAAAGAAUAAACUGCACUGAUUAUGAUGCAAAAUCCUUGACUCGUACAAAUAUAUCCUCAGUUACUGGUCAGCUGUCUGCCUCCAGUGUACUGAUGUUCAAGGUGAUGCUAAUGAACGGGGACUUCAGUGCCCCUUCAGACUCCCCAGUCUUUCCCCUGGGCUCUCAGAUUCAUAUAGAGUUUGCUGUACAGAGUUUCUUCCACCAGCCUCUGCAGAUUUUUGUGGAUGAGUGCAUGGCCACCACAACCGCAGAACUCCACAGAUCUCCCAGGAGCUACAGCAUUAUUGCAAACCACGGGUGUUUUGUGGAAGGUAAAGUGUCAAACUCCCAUUUUCUGCCCAGAAAGGCUCCUGAAGCUAUCAGUCUUUCCCUGCAGGCUUUUGGAUUUGUUGGUGUGGACUCAGAUAUCUAUCUUCACUGCCAGGUGCUGGUCUGGGACCCCCAAGUGCUCAUGCACCCCACUAGGAAGGCCUGCUCAUUCCACAGGGACACAAAUAGGUGGGAACUCCUGGAUAAUCCUAUUCUAAGUAACAUGUGUGGUUGCUGUGACUCUCUCUGCCAAGAAACAGGCUUGCGCCACAAGAGAGCCCUAGAAGACUCUACAGAGAAAGGGGGGCUUAUCCAUGCUGUUGUACUUGGGCCCUUGAAGAUCCAGAAACCAGCUCCAAAGACCGGAAGCUACAAAUGGCUCUCUUGCAGUCAACCGUUAUAAAGCUAUUGGUGUCCUGCUUAUGGUUUCAGUGCUAGUGGUGCUGUGCCUGGGCUUCUUCCUCCACAGUGGCUGCUGCUCCAGAAUCAAGCUGGCUGAGGACUCGUGCUCUGAGGGACUAAUUACAGAAGAAGCAGAUGGUGCAAGCGUUUAGUACAGAUGUGCAAUGAGUCAAAAUUGUGGGUUUGUUUGUUUUGGCUUGGGGUUUUUUGUUUGGAAGCUUUAAAAAAAAAAAAAAAAGUUUGGAGAAUAAGUCGUAUACAUACACACAAUCUGUGAUCUGUCUUGGCUUCUGCUGGGUGGGAUGGGGGAGCACCAAGUAUCAGGAGGCAUCUCUGUAGUUAACCUUGUCUCGCAGUAGCUGCCUUGAAUACAGAGCUGUCCAACUUCUGAAUGGCCAGGGACUGUGCCCAUGACCCUUCCUGCUUUCCUCCCCCUACCUUCCCACCUUCCCUGAGGCAGGGGGAGGAAGUAAAAGCUUGAGGAGGGAAGGGGAGGCCAGAGACCCUGAUGGCAACCACAGGAGAGCAUUGUGGAGAGCUGUGCCUGGAGUUGUAUAUUUGACAGCCCUAUUCUCCCACCUGCCUACAGCCUGACUGUACUGAUUGCAUCCGAUCUCAGAAGCUAAGCAGGCCCAGGCCCAAUACCUGGAUGGGAGACCGCCUGGGAGUCCUGGGUGCUGUAGGCUGCCUGCCCUUCCUGCCAGGG